AUGUAUGGAGGAGAGGCAAAUAUCUUGAUUUGCUGGGAGCAUCGCCGAAUAUCGCACAUAAUAGAAGAAAUGGGAAAUUAUGAUCCACCUAUCUAUCCAAAAGCCCGUUUUGAUAUUGUAUGGACUGAUCCAAGUCCAUAUGAUACGAUAACGAGGGAGAUUAGUGAGGAAUACCCUGGGCUUGAUCAAGAAUUUGAUUUCUAG